CUCCUCGCGCGGCCUUGAAGUGACGCCAUCGCGCCGGGCGUGCGCGUGACGUCAGAUCCCGGGCGAGGCGGGCGGGGCCGGUUUGAACGAAAAUGGCGGUUAACGUGUAUUCCACCUCGGUGACGAGCGAUAACUUGAGUCGGCAUGACAUGCUCGCCUGGAUCAAUGAGUCCCUCCAAUUGAAUCUGACAAAGAUAGAACAGCUCUGUUCAGGUGCUGCAUAUUGUCAGUUUAUGGAUAUGCUCUUCCCAGGUUCCGUAGCACUGAAGAAAGUGAAAUUUCAGGCCAAGUUGGAACACGAAUACAUUCAAAACUUCAAGGUCCUACAAGCAGGUUUUAAGCGAAUGGGCGUCGACAAAAUCAUCCCCGUGGACAAACUAGUAAAAGGAAAAUUCCAGGAUAAUUUUGAAUUUGUUCAGUGGUUCAAAAAAUUCUUCGAUGCAAACUACGACGGGAAGGACUACGACCCCGUGGCGGCUCGGCAAGGCCAGGAGACCGCAGUCGCACCAGCUCUCGUUGCACCAGUGCUGAACAAACCCAAGAAGAAUUUGGGCUCUGGUGGCACAGAUCACAGCUUUGUGGGAACAUCAGGACUGAAGGCUGCGAGAGCAGAAUCUGCUGCGUCCUUAAGAAGAACAGUUGCAGUUGCUCCGACACGCCCCAUGGUUGCACAGAGAACAACGGUGGCUAAUAAAACUGGGCCUGGGAUGGUGAAAAAGGCACCCGGAGGGAUCGGGGAAGAUGAAUCUGCUGAACUGAUCCAACAGAUCAAUGUAUUAAAAUUGACUGUGGAAGACUUGGAGAAGGAAAGGGACUUCUACUUUGGGAAACUGAGGAACAUAGAGCUGAUUUGCCAGGAGAACGAAGGGGAAACCGACCCAGUCCUGCAGAGGAUCGUGGAGAUUCUUUAUGCUACAGAUGAAGGCUUUGUGAUACCCGAUGAAGGAGCGCCGCAAGAAGACAAGAGGAGUAUUAACAGACCCACCUACCGUACCGGCGGAGCAGCAGCAGAAUUCCGAAUCAGAAUUCUUUGCCCCCAGAAUCAUGUGCUUAUCUGUAAAACUACUCCAUUUUAUUCUUAGGACUCACUGGUUUCUUUUCAUAAGUAAAAAAAAAAAAAAAAGUACCUCUUUCAAGUGCACUUUGCGUAAGUUUUACUACUUCCCCUCCCCUCCUUCCCUUCCGUUGGGUUUUGUUUGAGAGCUGUUUUUCCCCCCUCCUGUGAGCAGAGCAGUGUUAACAUCAAGCGGGUGUCAUUUGGAAGCAAGAGGUUGAAUAUUUGGAGAUGGGAGAGCGGCUCAGAUGCCGGGGAGGGGCUGGCUUGCGGAGGGCUUGC